AUGCGAAUAUGCAUCGUCAAAGCCGGGUUCCGGGACACGAAAAAGGCGAAGAACCGUCGCAUCAAGGGAGCCUCAGCAAAACCACCCACUGUCAUCGUCGUUGGUAUCUCCCAAACGGACAGAUAUCCCCUUCAGGCUUUACCAUCGCAAAGGACAAGGAUCGAGGACGUUAUUUCACAUGGAGAAACCCUUAGCGAUGGGGUGAAUUAUGACUCGAGCAAGGAACUUGGAGUGAAGAAGAGUGUAAUUAGACUCUACAUCGACGCCUACUUUGAACACAUCGCACCGCUUUGUGAGAAUGGCUUUAUUCACCGCGCUAUUUUCCUACAAGCCUGGAACUCUGGAACUGUCGACCCAGCGCUAUUGAAGGCAGUUUGUAGUGCAUCGGCGGCCUUUAUGUCAACAGAUCCCGUCACAGCUGAACAAGGAGAAAGGUGGCGUACUGAAGCAGAGGCGCAUAUUUGGUUAAAUAUCGGACGACCAUCUCUGGUCGUACUUCAAGUUCUCGUGGUGGUAAUUUCCCAAAAUUGUGCAUUAUCUCGUUUUCUCGCUUUGCAGCCGCUGCUAGGAAUAGCUGCGAAGAUGGCAUACAUUCUCCGUCUGAAUCAUGAAAACGUUCAGCUAUCCACCACAGCUCGCGAAAUUCGUCGGCGUAUUAUGUGGUCAAUAUUCAUUUUGGACAAACGAUAUGCCGCUGGACAGUCGGACCUGAUAUCGUGUCCCAAGGAGCAAAUGCACAUACAGCUACCGUCGAACGAGAGAGACUUCGAGCUCGCAAUUUCUGGCCGAACAGGUACUCUUAUACCGACGCAUAUUGAUGAAGGUGACUCCACCAAAGGUUCAAAGGCACACGACUCUCGUAGUGAGCUUCUUCAACUGGAAUCUGACUUGCAAAAGCUGAAACGCUCGCAGCCUGAAUCAAUGGCCUUUAGCGAGCGUAAUCUCAACCUACGAGCUUACUCUCCACAUUUGAAGCGAUACGUUAUGUUACAUACGAUGUGGCACCAAUGUCACUGUGACUUGUACAGAUUUAUGCUACCUGGAAUUCGGGAGUCUCUGCCCGAUGAAGUUCUCAGUACGACGCUACCUGAGUAUGCACUUUAUUGUCAAAUACAAGCAGUUGAGCAUGCAAAGGCACUGGUCGAUAUUCUUACAACGGUUCAGAAGGUCUGCGAUCAAACCCCGCAAGAUCCUGGGAUCAGCAUUUGCGUACUUCAAUGCACACGGAUUUUAACACGAGCUUUUGACAUUGGGCUUCUUGGAAGUCAUUCAACUGCUAUUGAGACACUUUACCAGCUCAAAUCUGUCGCGAAGAUACUCUUGCCUAUUACCUCAAUCCAUCAGUCCGCUGACCAACUGUAUAAAGAGACCGAAAGGCUCAUAAGCAUCGCGAUUGCUGGAGGUUCCUACCCAGACUCAAUGACAAAAGUCUCACAGAAAGAGCACAUCCGUGACAACAACAUACUCGAUAUUUUAGCUCGCAUUCGUCGGUGUGAUAUGGAGCGAGGAGAGGAAGUCCUUCAGCAUUACCCAGCAAGCCCCCCUGUCACCACUCCGACCGGAUCAGAAGUACUAUCGGACAGAGAAACAGGUGCUGCCAACGAAAGCACUACUGAGAAACCAUCGCGAGAAACUUUAGGGGAAUCCCUGUGGUAUACGGGACUCGAAUUAGAGCACAUGUUUGGCUCACUGGAUACUUUAUUCGAUGGAUUUGGGGGCCAUCUAUGA